GGAUCUCAUAUUGGCAGAUAAACGUGUCCAUAAUGGCUUCACUUGGGUUGAUCCUCUUUCUUUCCUCGGUUCUUCUCAUGAGCCUUUGUCAGCUUCCUACAGCUACUGAGGAUGAUAGAAAGGUGUAUAUUGCUUACAUGGGAGCUCUUCCUGAAAAAGCUUCUUACUCUCCUAUGUCUCACCAUCAGAAUAUCCUUCAAGAAGUUAUCGAAUUAAGUUCCGUAGAAGAUUGUUUGGUCAGAAGCUAUGGAAGAAGUUUCAACGGUUUUGCAGCCAAACUCACUGAAUCUGAGAGAGACAAGCUUGCUGGCAUGGAAGGUGUGGUUUCGGUUUUCCCAGACACCCUUUAUAAGCCUCUUACGACAAGAUCUUACGAGUUCAUGGGACUUGGUGACAAGAGCAAGCGUGUCCCUAACAUCGAGACUGAUAUAAUAGUUGGUGUAAUUGACCACGGAAUCUGGCCUGAAUCCAAGAGCUUUUCAGACGAAGGCAUUGGCCCAAUACCGAAAAAAUGGAAAGGAGUUUGUGCUGGAGGAACUAAUUUCACAUGCAACACGAAAGUGAUUGGAGCACGAUAUUAUGUGCAAGACUCAGCAAGGGACAACGAUUCACACGGGUCACACACGGCUUCAACUGCCGCCGGAAACAUAGUAGAAGGAGUGAGUAUGAACGGGUUAGCCAAAGGAACUGCCAGAGGAGGUGUGCCUUUAGGUAGAAUAGCUAUUUACCGAGUUUGUGAGCCAGUAGGUUGCAAUGGCGCAUCAGUGUUAGCUGCAUUUGACGAUGCUAUUGCGGAUGGGGUAGAUGUUAUAACCAUUUCCCUUGGAGGUGUGGUUCUCGAUCUCUAUGUUGAUCCUAUCGCUAUUGGAUCAUUUCAUGCAAUGACCAGAGGGAUUGUUACCACAGCUGCUUUUGGGAACGCUGGCCCUAAUCUUCAAACUGGACAAAACGUUGCACCCUGGAUCAUAUCCGUGGCUGCCGGUUACACUGAUCGAAAAUUUGUUACUACUGUUGUUAACGGAGAUGCCAAAGCCUUCCCUGGAAAAUGGAUCAAUGAAUUUGACUUAGAGGGACAAAUGUAUCCUUUGGCGUACGGGAAAACUGCUUCAAAUAGCUGUACAGAGGAGCAAGCAAGGUUAUGCGCUAGUGGUUGCCUGAACACGGUGCAGGGAAAGAUCGUUGUGUGCGAUACCUUGAACAAUGUUACGGAAUCUAGAGAAGCGGGUGCAGUUGGAACCAUCCUUUAUGAUUUUCACAUUCCUGCUCCUGAUCCAAUUCCGCUCGCAGUCUUAGAUUAUUCCAAUUUCAAUGCAUUCACAUCUUACGUGCUCACCUCACCAGAUCCUCGAGGAACUAUAUUGAGGAGUAAGACAGUUAAGGACAACGAUGCUCCGUUCGUUGCUUCCUUCUCUUCUCGGGGUCCAAACACUCUCUUUAGCGAUAUCAUGAAGCCUGAUAUUACGGCUCCAGGGGUGAAUAUAUUGGCAGCAUAUUCACCGAUGUCUCCAACCGCAGUUCCUGGACAAAGCAUGGAUUACUAUUUCAUGUCCGGAACAUCUAUGGCUUGCCCUCAUGUCGGAGGUGUAGCGGCUUACAUCAAAACAUUCCAUCCUGAUUGGUCUCCUUCUGCUGUCAAAUCUGCUAUCAUGACUACUGCUUGGCCAAUGAACGCAUCGAAAAAUGCAGAAGCUGAGUUUGCAUACGGAUCUGGACAUGUUAACCCUACAGCGGCAGUUAAUCCAGGGCUUGUUUAUGAAAUAUCCAAAGAGGAUUACUUAAACAUGCUCUGCUCUUUGGACUACUCAGCCGAUGGCAUUAGUAUUCUCGCCGGUGGAGACUUUACUUGUUCCGAGGAAUCAAAGGUCACCGUGAGAGAUCUCAACUACCCUUCAAUGACAGCCCUAUAUCCAUCUGGGUCAACUGAAGGUGUCAUAUUUACAAGAACGGUCACAAAUGUUGGGAAAGACGGAUCCACUUACAAGGCAAAAUUGUCUGGGGAUCCUAAACUCAACAUCAUCGUUGAUCCAGAAACGCUCUCUUUCGACUCAUCAGGGGAGAAGAAAUCUUUCAACGUUACAAUCCCUUACAACGGUCUUGGGCAUCUUGAUAGUUAUGGUCAUAUGUCUGCGUCUCUGGUUUGGUCGGACGGAUCACACAAUGUAAGAAGUCCUAUCGUAGUGUAUUCUAUUACGCUUUGACCCAAAACCCAGCAAUAUAUAAAAUCAUGGGUUAUAUUGUGUUUCAAUUAAACAUAUGUUACAUUGUGUGCUCAUUAUAUUGUGUUUCAAUAAAAGCAUGUGUUUUCAUUUUAA